AUGGCGCCCCCGAUACGCGCGCGCUCAAUCAAGUCAGACGCUUUCCACGAGCACUUCAGGAAGCUCAAAACAUCAGUCUACCAAGACAGUCCCCGCCCAAACGCCGUAUCUACCUCGCACUACAUCCGCUCAAUAUCCUGGAAUGCGUCUGGUACAUUUAUUGCAACCGGUGCCGCGGACAGGACACUGCGCAUCUGGAACCCUGAAAAGACCAAUUCCAAGAACUCGACCGAGUUGCGCACGCCCAAUACGACGGCCUCGCUAGAGCGUGUUUCCUUUCACCCAAUCAACGAGAACGAGCUGGCAAGCGCUACUUCAGAUGGCAUGGUCAGGUUCUGGGAUAUACGGUCCAAAGCUAGCGUGGGUGAAGUCAAGGUUGGCGAAUGUCCGUUUACGCUGGCGUGGACACCAGAUGGCAACGGACUGGUCGCAGGAAGAAAGGACAACCUCCUCGCCACCAUUGAUCGAUCGACGCUCAGCGUCGUCUCGGAGCACCAACAAGUCUACCAAACCAACCAAUGCGUCUUCGACUGGUCAGGCAACCACCUCUACUCGACAGUCGGCGAUGGCAGUGUGCGACUUUUGAAAUACCCGUCGUUUGAGAACACGCUCACACUCAAUGCUCACACCUCGGCAUGCUACGCCGUAUCACUAUCACCCAGCGGCGAGUACCUGGCAGCUGGUGGUGGUGACGCGCUCAUCUCGCUCUGGGACACACAGGAAUGGAUAUGCACACGGACGCUGGAAUUGACGGGCGGUAUCAUCAAGUCGGUCGACUUCUCCUUUGACGGCAGCUACGUCACUGCUGGCUCCGACGACAAGGAGGAGAAGAAGAUUCGUAUUGCGCACGUUCAUACUGGCGAGAUUGUACACACGAUUGAUGUUCCAACACCGGCAUUACAUGUCGCCUGGCAUCCAUGCCGGUACAUACUGGCGUAUUCGGCGGAAAACCUGGGAUUGAAGAUUGUCGGGGGCAUCAGCUAG